GAUCCUGCAGAACAACCAGAAGCAACGCUUUACGGAUCAUCAUCUCAAAGCCAACGCAGAGGAGAAGGAGCUGGUAAUAAACCAGUCACAAAACAAGCAAAAGGUUAGAAAGAAUUAACAUAAUAUCACUUUGUGAACAAAAGAGCAGAGAAAAUUCCCACUUUAGACACCUAAAGGAUCCAUAACCUGUAAACUAAAAACAGAUAUAAGCAAUUAAAAAGAUAAUCGACAUCCUUCUAGCUUUUGUUCUGUUGCGAUAUUAGUUUUUUUUUUCCUUGAGGCAUUGAUUACGUCGAAGGUCUUGAUCUAAUCGUGAUACAAUUGAAUGUUAUUCGCCCCUUUAUUUAGAUGACCACUUCAACAAACAGGAUAAGCAAGGCAUCCGCGGACGUGGACGUGGACGUGGAGCAUCACUGGAGCGCGGGAAAGAUGAAGCAGCGCCAUCGAGAGGCAGGGGAAAGCCCCCCGGUAAGUUUAAACGAUACACUGUCCUAGUUCUGUUUACAUCGCCAAAUGUCUUCUAGGAACUUGGCUUCUAUGAUUGUAUAACUUUUCUUCUUUAUUACGUCAUAAUAAGAGAUCAUUAAUGGAUUAAUGAACCCAAUGUGAAGACCCCUGAUAAAGGUAGAAGCCGAAACGCGUUGGGUCUGAAUAAAGUUUUUAUUUGUUGGAAGACGAUUCUCUUUUGUGCAAAUUAUAUAUAUAUACAUAUAUAUAGGGUUCUCACGAGGAGAAAAUAAUAGUGAGCCAGGACAGUGAUGCUAAAAACUAUAACGAAAGCUUUGUCAGUAGCUUUAUCCGUGAGAACUGAAAUUGUCUCACGUAAGUGACUCAUUCCACUGAUGCGUUUGUUGUUUUCGUGUACGCUGUAAAUCUACAAAAAGAAUGGAGACGAGUAAAAGUGGGAUCCCCUGCCAGCUUCUCCGCUUGCUGCGCGAGGCGGCUCCUUCGCCAACAAGCACUCAUGUACUCUGACCUCGCUCGCUCGCUACGCAGGCUAUAUUAAAUAAUGCCGCCACACAGCCGGAUUCGUGUUCGCUUUCACGUACCUUUCAAUUAGUAAGAUUAUUCUGGUUGUGCCUCUUUCCUGACUUUUCACAUUUUCAAUUAUUAUAACUAUGGUCACCCAACUAGUUUAGCAUUUUAGUUAUUUUGGGUCUCCCACUUAUGUAUUUAUUGUUUAUUUAUAAUUCUUUUGUCUGUCUACAGUAUUAGAAAUAAACCAUUGUUGUUGUUGAUGAAGAAAACUCUAAUAAUAUGAAAGGCUACCACUUUUAGAGCAAUAAACUAAAAAAACAAAAACACGUGUAGGCAUAGGACGGAGUAGAUUUCUGCAGAAGGAAGAUUUUGUGCAUUGAUACUCUUCUCCUAAUUCAGAUAAAACAAACCAAGAUCAACGACCCGGAAAGCUCGGACCAGUGAAUAAGAACUCUGGUUUUUCAAUGCGGCCCCCUGCUCGAGGAGUGCUACCAGUAAAAAUGACCCCAUUGGACCUUAAGGCUUUGAAAGAGAAGGAUAGCAGAGAGGUCCUGAACACUCUGAACGAAAGAAUAGACCGGCUGAAGUACCUCCUACAAUCGGCCGAAAAGGAGCACAACAGCGAUGAAUUUAUCUAUGAUUUGACUUGUGCUUUAGCGAGGGCCUGCGAAGCGCCAUCAGGGGAGAACACAAACAAGAUUCUAGUUGCAGUUAAAGGCUCCGACUUCUUAACUUUAAAGAUUCCUAGUUUUCUUGAUCGUGUCGACGCAUCAGAGAUCUGGGAUGACCACGUUUCUCUGCGAAGACUCAUCGAAUGUCUUAUUGUUAUUUUCGUGAAGUACCUGACAAUCUUGUCUCGUUCAUAUGCUGACCCCCCCUAUGAUAAGCUGAAAUUAGCCUUAGGCAAGUCAAGCAUUGAGACAAAGAAGGAUUUAGAGAAAAAGUUAGAAGCAUUUAAGGAAUCCAGAGAUGACAUCAUCAAGAGUGAAAGAGAAAAGCAAGGAAAACGUUACAGGGUUGGAGAUAAACCACCAAACGAUUUCAGAGAUAUGCCAAUAUAUCCCAUGAGUGAGGAAAUCACGACUCAAGAACGACCUUUCUUACGUAUGAAUAUUUCAAAGGGAAGGUACGACAAUGUUGAACACUAUCUUGAUGUUCAGUUUCGGCUUCUGCGAGAAGACUUUCUUGAGCCACUGAGGGAAGGUAUUGGUGAAGUCAUUCUAAAUGUGCCACGACAACAGCGCAAGCAAUUAUUGAAAAACUACCGCAGUGUACGAAUCAUCGGCAAGGAACUCGCGGCGGACAGUGGUAUCACUUAUCAAGUGGAAAUCGAUGUUUCCGGAUUGAAAACGAGCAGGUGGCCAGAUUCUAAACGACUGAUGUAUGGUUCCUUUUUGUGCAUUUCACAUGACAACUUUCAAACGAUGCUUUUCGCCACUGUUUCCAAACGAGAACCAGAGGAACUGAAAAACGGGCGUAUCGACAUCCAGUUUAUCGAAGAGCAAGAUGUUUUUGGAAUCGAAAGUCGCAAUUACGUUUACCAGAUGGUUGAGUCGCCAGCCUAUUUUGAAGCUUAUCGUUACGUUCUUAAAGGAUUAAAGCAGUUAAAUGAAACAACUAUGCCAUUUAAAAAGUAUUUGGUUGAAUGCAGUGCAGAAGUUGAUCCACCGGAAUAUCUAAGACGGAGUGAGAAAGACGCGCCAGUAUGUUUUGACCUAAGGGACGCCCUUGACGUUCCAGGUGACAAAAAUGCCAAAGCGGUACCUGUUCUUACGCCUGGAGCUUGGCCCUCAGUUGCAACACUUCCACUCAACCGCUCCCAACUAGAAGCGUUGAGGACAGCAAUUACAACUGAGUUUUCUGUUAUCCAGGGCCCACCAGGAACAGGGAAGACUUACGUUGGAGCCAAAAUUGUAAGAUGCUUACUAGAGAAUCGAUGUACGUGGGAUCCUCAACGCUUAUCACCGAUGUUGAUGGUUUGUUAUACGAACCAUGCGCUGGAUCAAUUCCUUGAAAAGGUGCUAGAGUUUCUUCCAAAAAAAGAAAUAAUUCGGGUUGGACAAAGAAGCAAGAGCCCAAUGCUAGAAGCUUGCAAUCUGAAACAUUUUACCCAUGAACAGUGCAGGGGCAGGGUUGAUUUGAGAGAGGUCAUAAAGAUGAUACGGCAAAAGGAGAGAGAGCAAAAAGACUGGGAGGAUCAUCUUGAAAAAGCAGGCAAUGAACUGCUAGAAUUAGAUGAACUGGAGGAUGUGUUAAAUCCAGAUCACUUAGACCAACUAUACAAUGCCAUUUUCCCUUCCAAUGCAAAAUACAAGUACCGAUCAGCAGGCGAUACGUUCAUAUUAUGGCUUUGCGACGACGAGCCGCUGCGGUCAUGCAACCAAAACACAACAGAGGAAUCGCCUGCGGCAGUUUCAGAUGUAUCUUCCUUUCACGACAUAGGUGCAAGUGACGAAGUCGUUAAACCGCCGUUUUUCUUUGCCUCGCAAGAUGAUGAAAGCGAAAGUCGAGGCGCAAAAGCCUUUGUAAAACGUGUCCCUUCGUUUGCUGAUGAUCCCCUUGUUGCAACUGAUCCUUGGGCACUAAUAAAUUCAGAUGAGCUUUCUUCAGAUGCUACAGAAUUUACAAAUAAUGACUGUGCCUCAAAAAAGGAAAACUGCGUUGACAGAGCUGAUGAAGUAAACGGAGCUGGAGAGGAGACUAUAGCAAUAGGGAAAGACGCUGAUUUCAUGCAAUGUCAAAGACGCUUACCAGUCGAAGAAAAUCUCUCCAACGUUGCGAGUGGAGACUCGUAUGACCUGGGCGCCCAUGACGAAGAUAAUGAUGGCUGGACCACUGUUACAUACAAAAGAAAACAAAAUAAAAAAUUUGCAUGGUUACAAACAGAAGACGAAGGUUCCAAAGAGAGGUCGUCAAACAUGGGAGAUACUAAGAAGAAGAAACAACACGCCAACAAAAUCCUCAGCAAAGAAAAUAUUUCCAAACUAAAAGAUCGGCUCAAAAAGGAAACAAUGAUGUCUCCUGAGGAAGCGAUGGAUGUUGGAAACAUCUGGAACUUGUCAAGAUCGCAACGACUUCAACUCUACCACUUUUGGAUCGAGAGCUACCGUGAUCGCUACAGAGUAGAGAUUCAAAGAAGUGAACAGGAUUAUCGAACACUUUGUGAGGAACUAAAGGAGGUCAAAUUUAGAGCAAAAGAAGAGGUGUUACGCCGGGCCACUGUUAUUGGAAUGACUACCACUGGAGCAGCUAAAUACCACUCAGCCCUACAAAGGAUAGCACCAAGAAUUGUGGUUAUUGAAGAAGCUGCUGAGGUAAUGGAAUCGCACAUUAUUACCUCUCUUUCGCACAACACAAAGCACACAAUUCUCAUCGGAGACCACAAACAGCUCCGCCCUAAGGCAACUGUGUAUGAGUUAGCCCGUAAGUACAACCUGGAAGUCUCACUGUUUGAGAGGAUGGUGAUGAAUAAUGUGGAUUGUAAGUGCUUAUCGACACAACAUCGAAUGCGCCCUGAGAUCGCCGCUCUGACUAAAAGAAUCUACGAUCACGAAAUCAUAGAUCACAGUUCAGUAUGUCAGUUUGAGGACAUAUCUGGCGUUUGUGGUAAUCUCUUUUUUAUCAAUCAUGGUGAACAUGAAAAACAUGAACCUGGCCUGCAAAGCUACUCUAACUUUCACGAAGCUUCAUUCUUGGUAGCCCUUUGUAGGCACCUUCUACUUCAAGGAUACAACAGAAGCCAGAUCACAAUUUUAACUAUGUAUAUUGGUCAGUUACUACUCAUCAAAGAGAUGAUGUCAAGACAAGAGUUUAGUGUCAGGAUUUGCGUAGUUGACAAUUUUCAAGGAGAAGAAAACGACAUCAUUCUUCUUUCGUUGGUACGAAGCAAUUCCCAACGUUCCAUUGGAUUUCUGGGUGAGCCCAACAGGAUCUGCGUCGCCCUUUCAAGAGCCCGCAAAGGUCUCUAUUGUAUUGGAAACUUUGGUCUUCUGAAAAGUAAGUGCGAGCUUUGGAAAGAAAUAUGUGAUGAUUUAGAAACCAAAGGAGCCAUUGGUCAUAGUCUACAACUGAUUUGCAAGAGGCACAACAACGUAACAAGUGUACAAAAUGCAGGUCAGUUUAACUCCUCUGGAGGAUGCAAUAUGCCUUGUGGAGAUCGUCUGGAUUGUGGUCAUGCUUGUACCAUUCCUUGCCAUACAAGAAUACAUCCAAAAAAUUGUCCCAGUAGGUGCGUCAAUAUAUGCUCUAAUGAGCAUCAGUGUAAAGAGAGGUGUCACUAUCCAGGCAAAUGCCCACCGUGCUAUCAGCAAAUGCCAAAGACAGUCCCUAAAUGUGAUCAUGAACAGCUUGUGCCAUGUUGUAUUGAUCCUGAAAAGUUUUCUUGUCGGGCGAAAUGUGAGAAGGAGCUACCAUGUGGACACCCCUGUCAGAAACCAUGUGGACAGUUAUGCACAACACAGUGUCGAGUAACAUGUGAAAAAUCAUUACCAUGUGGACACGAAAAAAGCAUGCUCUGUUACCAGGAUCCAGUCUUUUAUAACAAGUGCACGAAAAGCUGCAACAAACUUCUGGCAUGCGGUCAUCCUUGUUCAAGGAAGUGUACACAAUCAUGCCAAUGUAAUACUACGAUUGAAGUCCAGAUGUCGUGCAAACACUGGACACGUGUCUUGUGCCGCGAGAAAGACUCCCCAAGUGAGUGCCACGAAAAGUGCGAACGAGUACUAAACUGUGGCCACGACUGUCCUGGAGUCUGUCACGAAGACUGUAGAACAAAGCGAUGUAAAAUAAUUGUGGUAAAGGAUCUUCCCUGUGACCACCAGCAGGCUGUUCCUUGCUUUCAAGACCCCAAAGAAGCAGUUUGUUUCGCGCCCUGUCUACGGCAACUUGAUUGCGGCCACAAUUGCUCUUCUUCAUGUGGCCUUCCAUGUCAUGAAGUUCGAUGCAAAGAGCUUUGUAAAAAGCCAUGCGCGAGAGGUCACCCCUGCCAAGACCGCUGCCAUUCCGGUUCACCUUGUAGUCACUGCACGGUGGAAGUAUAUAUUACUCUUUCUAAGUGUGGCCACAACGUCAACAGUCCAUGCUACGUCGAUCCAUCUUCACUAAUGUGCGUUCAACCAUGCAAGAGAGUAAGAAAAGACUGCGGCCAUCCUUGCAAAGAAACCUGUAAUAAGAACUGUGAAGCUAGACCAUGCAAGGAACCUGUAGCCAGAAUACUAUCAUGUAACCACGCCGUCAACUUGCCCUGUCACAAGAAUCCCGAAAAAAUUGUUUGCAAGGAAAAAGUGAAGGUGCAUCUUGCAUGUGGACAUAAAGCAUUCGCUGAGUGCCAUGUCAAAAAGACUGGAAUAGAACGUGUCUUGUGUAAAGAAAGAAUUGAGAAGAGGUUGCGCUGUGGCCAUACGAUCAGUCUUCCGUGCUUCAAAAAGCCUGAGGAUUGCAUUUGCCGAAGGAAAGUCGAACUGGAACUACCAUGUGGACAUAAGAAGUCUGCCCGAUGUUCCACUAUAUCCGGAGGCUUACCAAAUGACGUUUGCACAGUUAAAGUUUCAAGAACAUUAGCAUGUGGACAUGAGACAGUCCUUCCGUGCCAUAUAAACCCACUGGAGCACAAAUGUCAGGAAGAGAUCGAAAUAUUACUUGAUUGUGGCCACCACAAACGUAUAAUUUGCUGUAGCGUCCAGGGUGAGAUGAAAAGUGAAAUGUGUACCGCCAACGUGUGGAAAAAAUUACCCUGUGGCCAUGACAAGCUUUUGAAAUGUUCAAGUAAGACAGAAGAGGUUUUUUGUGAUGCCCCUUGUGAACGCCUUCUUUCAUGUCGUCACCAAUGCUCUCAUAAAUGUGGAGAACAGUGCGAUAGCUUUAACUGCGUUGUUAAAGUCGAAAAAGCUUUGAGUUGUGGGUACCACAGCAUCUCUUACUUUUGCUCUAAAGAUGUCUCUCAGCUUAUUUGCUCAAAUCCAUGCAAACGAAAUUUGAAAUGCGGUCACCCGUGUCCAGGAAAAUGCUUCGAAGAAUGUAGUCAGCACCAGUGCUCAAUAAAGGUGGUGAAGAGACUUAGUUGCACAGGAAAGCACUCUCUGAAGAUGUACUGCAAAGAGGACCCCAAGAAUGUAGCAUGCAAAGAGGACUGUACACAGUUGCUAGCCUGUGGUCACCCGUGCCCGGGUGUUUGCAGCCAGCCAUGUGAACGUUACAGAUGCGAGCGUCGAGUAGACAAAACAUUUGAUUGUGGUCACGAAGUUCAAUCAAUUCCAUGUUUUCAAUUAAAGACUGCUACUUGCAGUGCACCUUGUCCACGUCGAAAGAAAUGCAAACAUCGCUGCAAGGGUGUCUGUGGGGAACCCUGUGAAAAAUACCCAUGCCAAGUAGAAGUGCCUAAGGCCCUAAAGUGCGGGCACAACGUAAUCAUGCGUUGUAGCGAUUCUAUUGAUAAAGUGCGAUGCUCAAGUGACUGUAUACAAAAGCUACCGUGCGGUCACCAGUGUUCUGGUACAUGUGCCAAAUGCAGCCAAAGGGGUUCACACGAAAUAUGCCAAAACCCUUGUGGCCGACUUCUCGUUUGCUGCCAUCGCUGUCAAGCGAAAUGCAGCGAGCCUUGCCCGCCCUGUAACAAAAAAUGCAGUCGACGUUGCCCUCAUAAAAAAUGUACCCAAUCUUGCGCGCAGUCGUGUACACCUUGCAAAAAACCCUGCAAAUGGAGUUGUCCUCAUUAUACAUGCAAUAAUCUUUGUGGCGAGGAAUGUGAUCGCCCUCGAUGUAAUGCUCCAUGCCCUAAGAGGCUUCCUUGUCGCCACCCGUGUAUUGGUUUGUGUGGGGAAAACUGUCCCACUGUGUGCGCCAUUUGUCAUGCCAAAAAGCUUCCUCCAAAGGCUCCUAAAACAGCUGAAACCACUAGGUAUCUACAACUUUUUGACUGUAACCAUAUCGUGGAGGUUGAUGUGAUGGACCGUUGGAUGCUACGGGACCUUGGAAGUGACGUUCGACUAAUUCAGUGCCCCAGGUGCUCUGUCGCGAUUACAUUCAGUUAUCGUUAUGGAAAUCAAAUUAAAGAGACACUGAAAAACAUUGACAAUGGAAAAUCUCACAUUUAUAAGCUAUCACAAGAAGCUUCCGAAUUUUGUAAAGGCAACAAAGACAGUCUGAAAAAAUUUCGGCAAAAACUUCAGAUGAUGGAGCAGUCAAGAAAAGUCUCUUUAAUCUUCACACUUAGAAAUCACCUUCUCAUCAUAGACGAGGUUAAAAAAGCGCAAUCCUGUUUAAGAGACAUGAAAAGUCAUCAAGCAAAUUCGAAAGAGCAGCUGGCGAUCAAGGAUUUCUUGGAAAAGAUGACAGCGUACCUCGAGAAACCCCAGUUUGACUUAAGUAUUUUAAACACAGUUUACGAACACGCAAGAAAGUUCUUCCUUUAUGCAUCCAUUUUGGAGGCUCAAAGUGAAGCCAUCAAUUUCCAAAGGUCGUUCUCCGACAUUGCAGUAUCGCGUUUGAAGCUGGCUCAGCAAAAGUUUCAUUUAUUUAUCCAAGGUACUGACGACGCUCUGGAAGUUGACUGGCUUGGGAGAAUAGUAGCAUCUGUGAGAAAGGAAGUAGGACUUCUACCCCCAGCCACCGAGGAACCCAAAGAAUUUGAGAACGUCCCAGGCUUCAAUAUAGGAGCAUGGAAAUUAUGUGAACACCGUGAAGUUUAUGUCACCAGGUCACUUAUGCGCAAUGGAGAUCUUGUUACUAAGAUAGGCACCGGAUGCAGACGCUGUGUUCCCAUGGAGAGAAGAGACACAGACGAAGAAGACGAAGAACAAGAGGAGGAGGAGGAGGAAGAAGAAGACGAGACAGAAGAAGAAAGAGAAGAAGAACAAGAAGAAGACGCAGGCGAGAUGGGCUGGACAGACGUCAUUAGGUGUUUGCAUAGAGGAAGAAGAAGAAAACAACCCUUAAGCGCAAUAGGCUGGGCAGCCAGACGGUUUUUGCGUGAAAAGGAGAUGGACUAA